CGAGAAGAUUCCCUGAACCCUUUGUCUUUUUACUUAUUUUAUAUGCAGUAUUAUUCAGAAAUCUUGUUUGUGUCAUCCUGCUUAAUGAUUGAGUAGUAGGCAAAGCUUGCUUAGGGUUGUAGGGUGUUAGCCGCAUGAACUGAACACAAAUAAGUGAUCUCAACUAUCUUCAUUCAUAUUGAUCUUACUGCCUGCAUUGAACUGAUCACUUAAUGUUGGAUCUAUGAUUUAAUCCUCUAGCUAACCGUUAGGAGAUAAGUCGACCUAUAUUGAAUGAGCUUAGUAUCCCUAAUCAGCGAGAGUAGAUAUUAGGGUAUUAAGUGAACUAAUCAGAUCUCGCAUCUAAAGCUUGCUUUCGCGUCUUGUUCCAAGCGAGAGCUUAGGAUUCAAGACCGACUCGCAUAGGGAUCAAGAUCACGAUAGUGAGUUGUUCCAGCUGAGUGAUCUGAGUUCUAGAUCGCAUUUCAUCGCACUUGAAUAGUUGUUCAGUUCUGCAAGUAACAUCCGAUUAUUGACCCUAAGCCAGCUUCAUUUAAAUUGAAUUCAAAUUACCUAGGCAUUCUUGUUACUUUUGUCGCAAUUAAUUCUCAAAACCCACUUGUUUCUCAGCUUGACAUUGAACUCAUAAGAGUAAAGAGUAAACUGGUCCUCUGGAUUGAAUCUCAAAUAUUACAAUUACCACUGUUAACUUGACAGUAGCAAGGAUUCAUUUUUAGUGUAUCAAGUUUUGGCGCCGUUGCGACGGGGACUAAGCUUUUACCUUUAUUUUUCAGUUUAAUAUUUAGUCUGAGAUAUCUAACUUGCUUUACUUCUUUGUUGGAACAGAUGAUCCAAGUGCAUGACCAGUAGACAUACUCGGAGCAACGCACAAGGACCACUACAUCAGCUGACUAACGAAGAACUCGCAAGAUUAGAAAGACAGAACCGUCAACAGCCAAGAACAACCGACACCAACAUGGGUGAUCAUGGCAAUAUGGAUGACCUCACUGCUGCAUUGGCACUCAUUCAACAACAAAUGCAGAAUCAGCAACAGCAGAUGCAGCAGAUGCAGCAAACCAUCCAGAAUCAGCAACAAGCUGCACAAGAGCAAGCAGCCGAGAACGCUGCGCGAGAGGAGCGUGGUGCUCUUAUUGGGGAGCGAAACCUUCCGAGGAAUUUUGCUACUAACCGCUCCCCCAUCAACCCUCCACCCUGUACUCGACAGGAUUAUGAGAUCAAACCUGCACUGAUUGGUCUGGUACAGAAGAGCACAUUCAGUGGCCUCACUUCAGACAUACCAAUGGAUCACAUAGAGGCCUUUGAGAGGAUCUGCAAUUUCUCUCGCUCAAAUGGAGUGCCACCGGAUUACGUCAAGUGCACGCUGUUCCCAUUUUCUCUUGAAGGGAAAGCUGCACGUUGGCUGCAAUCUCUCCCAACCGGUUCUCUAACCUCAUGGGAUCAGGUUCGAUCAGCAUUCCUGAGCCACUUCUACACAAAGUCCAAAACCGCGGCUCUAAGGCAUAGAAUCUCCAACUUCAAGCAGAAAUCUGAUGAACCCUUUUAUGAAGCUUGGGAGAGGUAUAAAGAGUACCAGAGGGAAUGUCCACACCACGGGUUUGAUGACGAUUACAUAUUGGAGGUGUUCUACGAUGGAGUGAGCUAUGAGUACCGGAACACCCUCGAUUCCUCUAGUAACGGAGACUUCAUGACUCAGACCACCCCUGGUGCAUUCGCGUUGAUUGAGAACAUGGCUUCCAGUUCACUCAACAAGAACAAGGAGCAUGAUCGCUCCAAAAGUGUGAACAGCAUAGACGAUCUAGCGGCGAAGGUGGACCAACUGCUGAAGGGAAACCAGAGCCAGGUCUUCAUAAUGGAAGAAGCAACUCCUGAGAAGAGUGCGGGGGACAAGGCGUUUGAAGCUGAGCAGGCAGGAGACGAUCAGCAGGAAGUGAGUUACGUAAAUGGACAAGGGUGGCAGCUGAAGAAUUAUCACCCAAACCCUAACGUAAGGAACAAUCCACAACUUUUCUGGCCUAAGCAGGACAAACAAGUUGAUCCGGCGCAGAACAACCAGGGCCAGUAUUCGGGAUAUCAGAAGAACUAUCAACCCCGAACAUAUGUUCUAAGCCAACCGCAGAGCAAUCAGCCUCAAAUACAGAACCACCAGAACACUCAAGUCGCUACCUCCACCCCUGUCGCUGUUCCGCAAGAUGAAACUAAAACCAUGCUGCAGCAACUCCUCCAAGGACAACAGCUCCAAGGGAAAGCGCUGAACCAGGUCACUACCGAGAUCAAUACUAGGAUGAACCAUAUGUUCGGAGACCUGAGCACCAAAUAUGAUAAUGUCGCAAGCCAUAUGAGACAGAUGGACAUUCAGAUAGCUCAGACUGCCGAGAGUGUCAAGAGACAGCAAGGUACUCUACCUGGUAAAACAGACAAAAACCCCAAGGAGUGCAAUGCGGUUCAGCUAAGAAGCGGGAAGCAACUUUCCGAGCCAGAAAGGAGAAGGUUCACCGCGGCUGAGAAAGGCAAGCAGAAAGAGUCAGAGCAACCACCAGCCGACCAAGCAGAUGAGGGGAAUACAGAGCCGGUAGUUGAAACAGCCUCGCCACGCUCAGAACAACCGGCUGAAGCAGUGCGCCCGAUUCCAGAGGCUGUUCCUCCUCGCGAAUACAUUCCAAAAGUCCCUUACCCUGUUCCAGCGAAGGUCACUCGUAAGGACAAGGAGGAAAUAAAAUGCAGGAAGAUGCUGGAAGAUCUAACCGUCCGACUUCCCCUGAUGGAUGCGAUUCAGAUGAUGCCCUCCAUGCGUAGCUUUAUGAAGGGGUUGAUCUCAGGGAAAAUAUCAGACGAGAGCGAGUUCAUGACAGUUUCCAAGGAGUGCAGCGCAGUGCUUCAGAACAGGCAAAUAAAAAAACGAGGAGAUCCCGGCAAAUUUGUCCUCUCUAUCCAGAUUGGGAAGACAGUUUUCGCCUGCUCCUUGGUGGAUCUUGGGUCUAGCGUGAAUCUCAUGCCCUACUCUGUCGCUUUACGACUCGGAUACACGCACUUCAAACCAACUAAGAUGUCCUUGGUUUUCGCAGACAGAUCAGUCAAAUCUCCUGUUGGUAUUCUAGAGGAUCUCCAAGUGAAAGUAGGGAACACCACUGUUCCAGCAGACUUCGUUGUUCUGGAAUUGGAAGAAGAGUCUAAGGACCCCCUCAUCUUGGGAAGACCAUUCUUAUGUACUGUCGGAGCUAUCAUUGAUGUGCGACAGGGAAAGAUUGAUCUGAAUCUUGGGGACAUAGUUAUGCAAUUCGAAAUGGAUGAGUUGCUAAAGAAGCCGAUGUUGGAUGGACAAACCUUUGAGGUCAAUGAAGGGGUUGAUCCGCUCCAACCACAAGAAGGAAUGAUCGAGGAGAUUCUUACCGAAGACCCACUGGAACUUGCACUGGUGCGUGCUGAAGCCGAGCAGAGUAUGGUGAACAUUGAUGCUGAUGGAUAUGCCAAGAUGCUUGACUCCGCAAGGAGUAUGGGGAGAAUGGUAGCGAGUCUAAGUCUGGGGGAGGAUAUCAACAGGUGCGAGACCACUCCAUCUGGAGCGACCCCUAAACCGGACCAACCAGAGGAUCCCUGGAGCGAGCUCAAGGCUCCCAAAGUUGAGCUAAAACCCCUUCCCAAAGGGCUCAGGUACGCUUUCUUAGGUCCGAAUUCCACAUAUCCUGUCAUUGUGAAUGCUGAGCUGAAUAAUGUGGAAACUGCAUUGCUUUUAUGCGAGCUUAGAAAAUAUCGUAAGGCAUUAGGAUAUUCGCUAGCUGACAUCCCUGGUAUUUCGCCUGAUUUAUGCAUGCAUAGAAUCCACUUGGAAGAUGAAUCAAUGACUUCUGUCGAACAUCAGAGGAGGUUAAACCCGAAUCUAAAAGAUGUCGUUAAGAAAGAGAUAAUGAAACUUCUUGAAGCAGGUGUGAUCUAUGCGAUUUCUGAUAGUAAAUGGGUCAGUCCUGUUCAUGUUGUACCUAAGAAAGGUGGGAUCACUGUUAUCACAAAUGAAAAGAAUGAAUUGAUCCCUACUAGGACGGUGACAGGACAUCGCAUGUGCAUAGAUUUCAGGAAAUUAAAUGCAGCAACUAGAAAGGAUCACUUCCCACUCCCUUUUAUUGAUCAAAUGCUUGAGAGAUUGGCUAACCACCCAUAUUACUGCUUUUUAGAUGGUUAUUCAGGUUUCUUUCAGAUUCCCAUCCAUCCAGACGAUCAGGAGAAAACGACGUUCACAUGCCCCUACGGAACGUACGCUUACAGGAGAAUGCCAUUCGGCUUGUGCAAUGCGCCAGCAACAUUCCAGCGCUGCAUGAUGUCGAUCUUUACUGACCUGAUUGAAGACAUUAUGGAAGUUUUCAUGGACGAUUUCAGCGUCUAUGGAAGCUCCUUUAAUGUCUGUUUGUCAAACUUGUGCAGGGUUCUUAAAAGAUGUGAGGAGAAACACCUCGUACUCAACUGGGAGAAAUGCCACUUCAUGGUCACAGACGGGAUUGUUCUAGGGCACAAGAUCUCCGAGAAAGGAAUUGAGGUGGAUAAGGCAAAGAUCGAAGUGAUGAUGAGUUUGCAACCACCAACAAACGUGAAGGCCAUCAGGAGUUUCUUGGGUCACGCUGGGUUUUACCGACGGUUUAUCCAGGAUUUCUCAAGGAUAGCAAGACCACUCACCAGACUGCUCUGUAAGGAGAUCAAGUUCGAUUUCGACAGUGAGUGUCUAGCUGCUUUCCACACCAUCAAGGGAGCUCUAGUCAGUGCACCUGUUGUGCAACCACCAGACUGGGACCUACCCUUUGAAAUCAUGACUGAUGCAAGUGAUUUUGCAGUUGGAGCAGUACUUGGGCAGCGUAAGGACAAGAAACUUCAUGUGAUCUAUUACGCUAGCAAAACUAUGGAUGAAGCUCAGUGCAGAUACGCUACAACUGAGAAAGAGCUUCUGGCUAUUGUUUUUGCUUUCGAAAAAUUUAGGUCCUACCUAGUGGGAUCUAAAGUGAUUGUGCACACAGACCAUGCUGCUCUUAAGUACCUGCUCACAAAGAAAGAUGCGAAACCGAGGUUGUUAAGGUGGAUUCUUCUUCUCCAAGAAUUUGAUCUAGAGAUAAAAGAUAAGAGAGGUGUCGAGAAUGGGGUCGCUGACCAUCUGUCCAGAAUGAAGAUUGAGGACGACACAACUCUUGAUGAGGAACACCCAGUUGAACACGUCAACGCGAUUGGUCUGUGUUACGCGGAACAAUCUCUAAGAACCAUGUCAGACUGUUCCAGCAUCGCGGAACAACCUCCGAGGAAAGCGCCCGAUUGUUCUCACAUCUCGAAACAUCAUGUCGCCUUGAUCCAAAAGCAAUAUCCUCACCUCCCAUGGUUUGCUGAGAUUGCUAACUUCUAG